CUCACCUACAAUACCCCCAUGAAAGCUCUUCAUCUCGCACACCAUCGAUGCUCCCUUCCACCUUAAAGUCAUCGCGCUAUGGGCGCUUUGUUAUCUUGACGAUCCCGCUGCUCGUGUUCAGCUGCCUCCUCUUCCUGACGUGGGACCCACUGCCCGGCCGACUCGCCCGUCAGCAAUCGACGUCACAGUCCGAUCCGCUAUCCCAGGUACCACAAGCAGUUGAGCCACCAAAGGAAGAACCAUCGCAACCCAAAACUCCUGUAUCUACCAGCAAACCAUCCAGCUCAAAACAGACUGCUCACAUUGCUGGUGGUGAUGCUAUCUUCGGUAUAACUGACAAGCUUUGGCAAUCCGCCAAGGAUCCCCACCUGAGCGAUGACCAAGACGAAUGGAUCAGCAGCUGGCUUGAGAAGAACCCCUCUUUCCGAUAUGAGCUCCUGACUGAUACCUCCGCUGCCACGUUUGUCCGUACUCAUUAUGCCUCGCGACCCGACAUUAUCGAGGUGUUCGAAACCCUCCCGAUCCCGAUCCUGCGGGCGGAUCUUCUGCGAUACCUGCUCGUGCUUGCGGAGGGGGGCGUCUGGAGUGAUCUCGACGUCACCUGCGAUAAGCCCGUGGCCGACUGGGUCCCCACGGAAUACAAGAAUGCAAAGAUCGAGAUGAUCGUGGGACUGGAGUUUGAUUUUGAAUGGCGUGGAGAAGGAACGGAGAUCGCAUCGCAGUUCUGCAACUGGGUCUUUGCGGCACCCCGCUCAUCACGAGUUCUUCAGGUGGUGGUAGACGCCGUAGUGGCCAAACUGAAAGAGAUCGCCGCGAUGAAUAACGUGCAGGUAAAAGACCUGACGUUAGAAAUGCUCCCCAUUGAUGUUGUCAAUGUGACAGGGCCCAAGAUCAUGACAAUGGCAAUCUUGGAUAGCCUGAAGCAGCUGCUAGGCCGGACGGUUGAUGAUCGCGACUUCCAUGGUAUCAAGAAGCCCAAGCUCAUCGGUGAUGUCCUUAUCAUGCCUGGUGUGGCGUUUGCGGCAUCCCAGAAUGGAUAUCCCCAGGAUCAAGGAGAUGCGCUGGUUACGCAUCACUACGCGGGCUCGUGGAAGCAGGCGGAUGCGGAGGCGAAGGAGAAGAAAAAGCAGAAACAGAACGGGCGGGAUAAAGUCGUAUAGAGUAUCAUGGGCAUUGGAUUGUUAGGAUUUGUGUUCUGGGAUUGGCGUUGGUUGCGCGUUUAGCAUUUUGUACAGUGGCGUACUCAUAAUUUACCUUUAUCUGAUGGCGGCUCAUUCUGCUCCUUUUGUCCGUUGGUAAUUUCGCUCAGCAAAGAGAGCAAGACGCCUAUUUGCUGAUCUUGGUCUCAUGAAUCCCACAUCGUGUUGUAUAUUUGGAGUUGUGCCAUUUCGGUUUUCCACCGGUGAUCAUGGUCCCGGAUGAUGAUUACAAGCGCCGUCACUAGUAGCUCUGCUUCGUCUACCUCUACUAGUAGUAGCGCAGACCUUACGUGUUCCUAUGACUGGUAAUACGAAGCUCUCAAUACUUGAUUGAAGGGUGUCCGCAGAAGUCAUUAGAUACGUUGGGAUGUGAGGUUGAUGACUGUGACUAUUUUUGUCUUUCCGUACCCUCUCAACUACUUACUUCACUGGUCCGAAUUCAUUAACGCAUUCAAGCAG